GAGGUGUGUAAUAGUUUCCUGUAGCUGUGAGGUGACGAUGAACCUUCCAGUCUGAGUUUGUGUCCGACUGAAGAGUGCAGACGAAGCUGAGAGAAACAGGAUGCAGGCGAUCAAAUGUGUGGUGGUAGGAGAUGGAGCUGUGGGUAAAACAUGUCUUCUCAUCAGCUACACCACCAACGCCUUCCCCGGAGAGUACAUCCCUACUGUCUUUGACAACUAUUCCGCUAAUGUGAUGGUGGACAGCAAACCGGUCAACCUAGGACUCUGGGAUACAGCUGGACAGGAAGACUACGACAGACUCCGUCCACUCUCCUACCCACAGACGGAUGUUUUUCUCAUCUGUUUCUCCUUGGUGAGUCCGGCAUCCUAUGAGAAUGUCAGAGCCAAGUGGUACCCAGAGGUUCGCCACCACUGUCCCUCCACACCCAUCAUCCUAGUGGGCACCAAACUGGAUCUGCGAGAUGAGAAGGAAACCAUCGAGAAGCUGAAAGAGAAGAAGUUAGCGCCCAUCACCUACCCUCAGGGAUUGGCUCUGGCUAAAGAGAUAGACGCAGUGAAGUACUUGGAGUGUUCGGCUUUGACCCAGCGUGGACUGAAGACAGUUUUUGACGAGGCGAUCCGAGCUGUGCUCUGCCCUCAACCCGCCAAGGUCAAGAAGAAGGGGUGCAUGCUGCUGUAACCGGAGCAGAGAUACACAGCGAGAGAGAGAGUGAGAGAGUGAGAAAGUGUCUCCAGACUGGCGGGGUAAAAGAACAAAGGCGAUUUGAAAGUGGUUAUUUUUCUGAAUGGAAACCGCGUCUGGAUUUGCAUCAGCUGAAAUGAUAAUAAUUAUAACUUUCGAUGUUGUAAUGAAUCAAUGGCAGAGGUUUUUUUUUUGUUUUUUUGUUUUUUGCAGCACACUUAAACUGGUUUGCAAAAUACUGUUUCGUCAACCGAGCUGUAGCUGAAGUGACUUUUCUUUAAAAUACAACAAUUUAUCAGGAAUAAAUCAUAAAUUAGAGCUGCAGCUGACUGCAGGAGGAGUAUAAGUAAAAGCAAAUCACAUGUAGUUUCUGCACUAUUGAAAUAUAUUUGUGUGUUGGGCUCUUUUGUGUACAAUGAAAAAAGUGUGUUGGAUUGACUUGAUUUAAAUAAGUACAUUGGUUGCACAUAAUCACAAUCUAAAUAACUUUGGACACAAUAUCCUGGUACAUAUUUAAAGUCAUGCUUAAUUUUUUCAGUGUACUGAUACAUUUCUAUAAGUACAGCAGAGUGUAAACUGUUUCUAGUACAUUUAGUAUAUUUAUCAUGUCUCCUGAAAUUAAAUUUUGGACACCACAUGAA